AUGUCACGUCGACAAUUAAUUUUUCUCUAUUUAUUUAUAUUAUUUACUGACGUUUUUGCUCAGAAAUUUCAUCCUAAACUUGAAAAUAAUGAUAGAGAGCAACCUCAAUCAAGAAAUCGAAUACAAUCAUCAAUUUAUAGCGAAAAUAAACUUCCUGCAAGCAACAGAGGUAAUAAUGAUAAUCAACAAGAAUCAGUUGUUGAUCAAUCACGACCACGUUCAUCAAUUGAAUCAUAUCGCCGAUCAUCAUCAUCGACACCACUUGCUAGUAGUAAUGAAUGUAAAUUUGAUGUGCAAAAAUAUUGUAUUAAAGGAAGUCAACAAUUACUUUCAAAUUUAAAAGUGUUAGAAUGUGUUGAUGAUCUUGAUAAUGCUGUGAAUUUAAUUAGUAAAGAAUGUCAACAUCUUAUCUAUAAAUUUAAAUAUAAUAUGACACUUGAUCCACGUUUUGAUGAUGCAGCUGAAAGACAAUGUUCAAAAGAUUUAAAAGUAUUUGAUGAAUGUAAAGGACAUAUUGGUAAAAGUGGUUCUGGUCGUCUUAUAACAUGUUUAUAUGAUUUUUUACCUAAUAUAACUGAGUCAUCUUGUCGUUAUUUUAUUAAACAAAUGCAAGCUGUUAUUUUCAAUGAUUGGCGUUUAAUAGAACAUUUUGCUGAUGCAUGUAUGAACGAUAUUAAAAGUUUAGAAUGUGGUCGAUUAGAUGAUGAAAAUGAAGCUAUACCACAUGAACCAGGUGCUGUUAUUUCAUGUUUAUCACAAAAAUAUAAUAAAUUAAGUUCAAAAUGUCGAAAAGAAAUUUUUCGUUUAGCUGAAAUGCAAUCGGAUGAUUAUCAUCUUGAUCGUGCUUUAUAUUAUGCAUGUCGUGAUGAUCGAGAACGUUUAUGUACACAGGUUUCAAGUGGUAAUGGUCGAGUUUAUCGUUGUCUUUAUGAUCAAAAAUUUAAUAGUAUGAUGUCAUCAGCUUGUCGUAAAGAAGUUCAUCGACGACAAUCAUUAGUAGUUGCAGAUGUAAAGUUUGAUGUACCAUUAGCUCGAGCAUGUCGUAAUGAAAUGCUUGAACAUAAAUGUAUUGCUGAUCCUGCAGAAAGUGAUACAAAAUCAUCAUUAGUUAAAUUACUUUUAUGUUUUGAAGAUGCAUUAAAACGAGGUUAUCAUAUACAAGAUGAAUGUAGACGUGAAAUGCUUGUUCAUCGUCGUAUGUUAAUGUCUGAUUAUGAACUUUCACCCGAACUUCAAUCUGAAUGUAAAAUGGAAAUGGUACAAUAUUGUCCAUCGUUAUUUCAACAAGGUGUUUGUGGUACAAUAGAUCAACGUGGUGGUCGAAUGAUUCAUUGUCUAUUAGCUGCUGCACGAAAAGAAAAAGCUUUUAGUAAACGAUGCUUUUCGGUCAUGAAUUCAUUAGUACGUGCAGUUGAUCCCGGUAGUGAUAUACGAGCAGAUCCAUUACUUGAAACAGUAUGUCGAUCUGUUAUUGAUACAUUAUGUCCAAGAAUAAAACCUGGUGAUUCAAAUGUAAUUUUAUGUUUAUUGGAUAAUUUAAAAAAUUUUCGUAUGACCGAAGAUUGCGAAGAUCGUCUUAUGGAAGUGGCUUAUUUUGUGGCACGAGAUUUUAGAUUAAUGCCAAGAUUAUUACCUACAUGUCAAAAAAGUCUUGAAAUUUUUUGUCAAUUACCAAAAGAUUGGUCAAUGUAUCAAGAAAUAAAUAGUCUUCAAGUUGGAAUGUAUUUAGGUUGUUUAUAUCAACGACGACAACAACUUGAUAAAGAAUGUAGAAGUGAAUUAAAACGUAUUAUGCAUAUUCGAACACAAGCUAUUGGCUUAAUGCCUGAAAUUGAAGAUAAUUGUUUGACAGAUUUGGCAACUUGUAAAAAUCCAGAAAUUAAAGGAGAAGUAAGAAAAUAUUUCAGUCAAUAUAUGAAAAUAUACAAUAAAACUCCUCUAAUGUACACAACUUAGAUUCAGUAUAAUAAGGCGAUUAUAUUAGAGAGAGUCAAGCAAAAAUAUAAGUUUUAUUAUCAUCUGUGUUCCUUAAAGUACUUAAUAUUUUAUUAAAUAACUUUAACCAUCAUCAUUAAUGAUUCAACUAAGAUUAUCUUUUCAAUUCUAUUUCAAUUUUAAAAUUUUGUUGGAAGAACUCAAGGAUGUUCAGUAAUAGAAGUUUUACUGUACUAUCUCUCUUUCAUAAUAAUCUUUCAGCACAUCUUUACAUAGAACAGCAUAUCGUGAGGAUGAGGACGCUGUGAUUAAAUUAGAGAUAUAGCAUUUUAUCUUCUACGGAGAGACGAUUUAAAAUUUCAGGAAGGCGAACAUCUAUGUUUUGGAGUACAGCCAUUUAGUAUGUGUUGAACUACUGAUAACCAGCUCGCAUCUAUAUAAGUUGUACAAAGCGUGCUAUUUACUUUUGCAUAACAGAUUUUUAUAAACUUCUGUAUUUUUACAAGUAGUUUUUGAAAUAGAGAUUUUUUUGACCAAUGGCAAUUUACAUAGAAACUAAUUCUUUAAUAGAAAUGCAUAGAUGAAAUUUCGCUUAUUGUACAGAAUUCAAUGCUCAAAAAUAAUAUUGACUUAAAGCUGUUUCAAGACGAUAGAACCUAAACUGCUAUUUUGCUUUGUACAAACACAAUUUUGGAAUUUUUCAUGAAAUUUACUGAUAGUUAUUCGAUCUUGCCCAAGAAAGAAAAUCUAAACAUAUAUUCGGAAACAGCGAAAAAUUCUGAUUCUCUAGUUCUAACCAGUUGUUUUCUAGUUACCAAAUAUGUCGCGCCCAGAAUUUAGAUUAUGAAAGAUCUUUGCACCAGAGAUGUCCACAGCGGUGUCAGCGGCACUUGUUUUAGAAAUCAUCGCGACAUGGGAGAUAUUUCAAGAAUACCAGCACGGCAGCGACAGCUUCUUCUAUUUAUUGAAAUUGUAAAAUUGGAUGAAUCUGCACUCAAUUUGAGGGUCUAAUGGUCAGAAUCGAGAUUGAGUGUGAUGAAUUCAAUACAACUGUACUAAUUUGGCACAGUGGCAGAAGAGAUUUUCGUAGAGUUUCUCGAAAAUCAUCACAGUAGCGGCAGUUCAUAUACAGUUUACCUCAUCGCAGUGAUGGCGCUAAGCCUUGCCCGUUCUAGGAUGGCGUCGCAGCAGCGGCAAAUUUCUAGCCAUGAUAUACAUCGCUACUUUGCACACAUUCUUCUAAUAUGUUCAAAAUAGGAUUUCUGCAAGAAUUUCUUCGUCAUUAAUAUGAUAAUACCAUAGAAUCAUUCAUUCAAAAAUAAUAUCGUCAGUGAUAGAUCUUGAAUAAAGAUAUGUUCUCGUAUGCUUUAAAUUUUAUUGAACGACAUUGAAAUCUUAUAAUUUCGAAGAAAAAAAAAUAUUUUGUAUCAUUAAAAUUUUCUUUUUAGGAAUUCAA